ACCCAUACUAUUGAAACAGCCUGUCAAUAAUGUUUACUCCCGACAACACUUGCGAGGAGAGAGGUAGAGGAGAGGAGGGGAAAGUGCCAGGCUCACUGCAAGUUUGGGAUGACCUAGACGCACAGAUAGACAGUUACUACUGUUGCCUUUGGUGGUCCUGGGCCAUCUGCCGUCGCGCCUGGUGACCCGUGAGGCGUCUGAUCAUGGCCAUAGUAGUCUAUGUUUACAGCAACCCAAGUAGUUCUGGGUUGGGCCAUAUGUUGGGGGUUAGAUCCGUCUCCUUACAGGCGGUGGCCAACGGAGAUGGAAAGUCGGCGGCCGUUGAGGGAACGGAAACCCACCGUGACUGUGGCAGUACCCGUACAAGGUGAGGACCCUUCGCAUCACAUGCUCUAUGCUGGUGCGCUUUUCGAGGAAACGCUGUACACAGCUUUGCUGCGUGUUUCGAGGUCUCCGAGGGCUUGCAUGUGUAAUCGCUGCGGACAGGGGAAAAGGCAGAGUGUUUUGUCACAAUCAACGUUGUCGUCGACAGAGUAUAGAUAUAUGCCAACGUUAGCGCGUCUUACACACGAUGGUGUGCAUCCAGACAUUCAAGACAAUUGCUCUUUCAAUAGAAACAAGCCUGACGGUUUGGCUUGGGUGGUAGCUAAAGUGAAAAGCUUAAUCCUAGGAGCCUCAGCCGCAGUAUCGAGAUUCAAACAUGGGACACUGAUAUAGGAGGAGGGACCUAGAGACGGAUCAUAUGAAGUUGAACUAAUGUGAUACCUGUUUGUGCUGUAUAUAUAACAUGGACCUGUGCGAUUAGAAUGUGUUCAUUUCGUGCACUGUCAACU